GUUAGUGGUUGUGGGAUUUAUCAAGAUCUGCCUUUUCGAAUCUAAUUUAUACUUUAUACCAAGAGGGAUUGUUUAAACGAGUUUUUGAUAUUGCUGAAAAGAUGCCUCAAGAGAAGAGCGUGAGCGAUGCUUUUGCUUAUGGGCAAAUGAUAGAUUCUCUUUGUCGAUAUGGAAGGCAUCAUGGGGCCUCCAGGAUUGUUUAUAUGAUGAUGAAGCGAAGGUGUUCCCCGAGCUUAGUUUCAUACAAUUCUAUUGUGCAUGGACAUGCCAAAAAUGGUGGCUAUUUGAGGGCGUAUCAGUUCUUGAAACAAGGGUUUGAAAUUGGCUACUCCCCUUCUGAAACUACUUACAAGGUUCUGAUAGAAUGCCUUUCUUUAGAAGAAAAUGAUCUUGGCAAAGCAAAGAAACUGUUUGACAUCAUGUUGAACAAGGAAGGGGUAGACAAGGCUAGAAUUUACAAUAUUUAUUUAGGAGCUCUAUGUUGAAUGAAUAAGGAGUCUUCAACCGAGAUUCUGAAUAUGCUUGUCAUCAUGCUUAGAUAAAAUGUCAUCCUGACGUAGUUACUCUGAACACAGUUAUUAAUGGCUUUUGUAAGAUGGGCAAAGUGGAAGAGGGGAUCCAGGUACUAGAUGAUAUGGUGAUGGGAAAGUUUAAAAUCUGCACUCCUGAUAGUGUGACCUUUACUACGAUUAUAAGUGGAUUAUUGAAUGUUGGAAGGACAAGAGAACUCUUGAUGUGCUACAUAAAAUUAUGCCUGAAAAGGGUUUUCACCCUGGUACCAUAACUUAUAAUGUGGUUCUUCGUGGUUUGUUUAAGCCCCAUCUUGCAAAUUAAGCGAUGGGUGUGUUUUAACUCCAUGGCUGGUGGUGGUGUUGUUGCUGAAAGUACCACUUGCUAUAAUGAUUGAUGGAUUAUGUAAAUGUAAUCAGAUAGAAGAAGCAAAGGUGUCCUGGGAUGAUAUUUUUUGGCCAUCAGGGGUUCAUGACCAUUUUGUAUAUUCAGCCAUCAUCAAAGGACUUUGUUGUUUGCCGAAGUUUGAUGAGGCUUGUGAUUUUCUAUAUGAAUUGGUAGAUUGUGGGAUUAGACCAAACACUGUAAAUUACAACAUUUUGAUCGAAGGUGCUUGCAAAUUGGAUCUAAAGAAAGAAGCCUACCAGAUUGUAGGAGAAACGAGGAAGAAUGGAGUAGCCCCUGAUGCAGUUACAUGGAGGGUCAUUGACAAAUUACACAAGGAAACAAAACAGUGGGGUCCUGAAGACAAAAUCAACAUGUAAAACAGGUUUGUUUUGUUUAAUUGUUAUUUUUAGUUUUCUGUGAAUCAUCUUUGUUCUGCUAAUCCACAAUCAGUGACAAUGAAGAAAGAUAAAUGGACUAUUCAAAGGAAGAAAAGAAAAACAAGAAGAAGUGGACUUUACGAAUGGGAGGGAUGAAAACCAGAAAAUAACCAUAGACAAGGGACCAAAAAUCUAAUGGAUAAGGCAAGAGAACAAAUUGGCAAACUGAAAUCCAUAGAUUUUGUUCUUGGAGCCUGAAGAGUGAAGAUCCUCUACAUUUUUAUGCUACAUCAACAAUGGCAUUUGCUUUUCUAAAUUUGAGCCUCAACCUCAGGUGUAGUAUGACAUCAAGAGCUUGUAUUUCUAAGGUAAACUAUCUUUUUGUAUUGAUUUUAGUUUAAAUCUUCUGUUUCGAUGAAGAGAUUGAUGUUGGAAGAAGAAAUUAUGAAUUAGAGUUAGAAUUGUUUUUUCUAUUGAUUCAUAUGGAUUGAAGUCCUUGAAUGGGGUAUUCAAUUCCAAAUAUGAAUGGAAAACGACAUCUUCAUUGGUUCUACUUCUUAUUUUUAUGAAGAGAACGGAUUUUUUCAUUGAAGGAUCAGAAGAAAAAAAAGGUGUGGAUUUCCUGUAGGAAUGAUUUGGAAGAACCAAAACCAAAAAUAGCGGCACUUGCUAGCAACAACAUAAUGGAGGCAGAUCCAGAAAAGUUUCAAAAACCUUUUUAUGCGGGCUUUGGAAAUAAACCAGGGGAAGAAGCAAGAAAAAGGAGGGAUCUUAGACAACAGAAAAACCUUCAAGGAUCAUAUGGUCGUUUCUGACUCUCGAGACUCGGAACACCAUAAACACCCUCCCCUUGUUACCGCACUAAAGGCUUCAGCUGAGCAAAACAUUGUCAGUUUUCAGUUUCCAGGACAUAACAGGGGUCGGGCAGCUCCAACUUCAUUGUCUAGUCUCAUUGGAGUACKUCCAUUCCUUCAUGACUUKUCUGSGWUUCCAGAACUCGACAACCUAUUUGCACCCCAAGGCCCCAUUUUGGAUGCACAACAGCAAGCAGCUAAAUUGUUCRGAGCUACAGAGACAUGGUUUCUAGUUGGGGGUACAACAUGUGGGAUUCAAGCAUCAGUUAUGGCUACUUGUUCACCAGGUGAUACGCUAAUUCUUCCACGGAAUGCUCACAUAUCAGCCUUUUCUUCUAUGGUUUUGUCUGGCACAAUACCCAAGUACAUCACUCCAGAAUAUGAUUUUGACUGGGAUAUUGCUUGCAGCAUCACUCCUUCACAGGUAGAGAAGGCAAUCAGAGAAUUGGAUAGCGAAGGUCGAAAAGCAUCAGCAGUUUUUGUCACCUCACCUACUUAUCAUGGUAUCUGCAGCAAUCUGGAAGAGAUUUCCCGGUUGUGUCAUUCCCACAACAUUCCUAUGAUCGUUGACGAGGCUCAUGGGGCCCACUUCAGCUUUCACGAAGAUUUGCCUCUUUCUGCUCUUUGUCAAGGGGCUGAUCUUUCCAUACAGUCGACCCAUAAGGUAUUAUGCUCACUCACGCAAUCAUCCAUGUUACAUAUGGCAGGAAAGWUUGUGGAUAGAGAAAGAAUAUGUCGAUGCCUUCAAACCCUUCAAAGCACCAGUCCUAGUUAUCUGCUUUUAGCUUCCUUAGACGCUGCAAGGGCUCAAUUAAGCCAACAUCCAGAAACCGUUUUCAAUGAAGCUGUUGGAAUAGCCUUGGAAGCAAAAUCCCUUAUAGAAAAUAUUCCUGGAGUUACAGUCCUGAAUUCUAGUACAUUUUCUGAUGUUCUUGGUAUUGAUCAUUUACGAAUUACAGUAGGGGUGUGGAAGCUUGGUAUAUCUGGUUCAGAAGCUGAUGAUAUCUUAUACAAGGAUUAUGGAGUCGCUUCAGAACUCAUUGGGACCCGUUCUAUAACACUUGCAUUAAAUCUAGGAACCAGUAGAGACGAUGUUCUGAGGCUUGUAUCAGGGUUAAACCAUCUAUCACAAACACCCAACUCAAUUGGUUUGAAGGAGGAAAAACCAAAUGGUGUACAGCCAUAUAUCCAAACCAGUGGUAGCAUGAGAUUGAGCCCUCGAGAUGCCUUUUUUGCGAGUAAAAAGAAAGUGAGUUUUAAAGAGAGUAUUGGGAGAAUUUGUGGGGAGUUGAUAUGUCCAUACCCACCAGGAAUCCCAUUACUUAUACAUGGGGAAGUGAUUACAGAGGAAGCAACAAGUUAUUUGGUUGAGGUGAAGAAGAAAGGUGGUUUUGUUAGUCUAGCUUCUGAUACCAGUCUCUUCUCAAUUGUUGUUUGCAGUUAAACAUUCAUAAAUUUACGACGGAUAAUAUGCUGCAGAAUGUCUCCCUAACGGGUAAUGAGGAUUUCCGUUUUGAUGAUUGCAAACAAACGAAAUGUUUAAUUAAUUGAUUUAUAUAUUUAUGAUAUACUGAGAAUCAAGUGAAAUACCA